AUGUCCUAUUUGACCAAAAUCUGUGAAAAAUGUCUAGGCACGGCCCGAGUGCAUACUGAUGCCGCACAAGAACAUUUAGAUGAUCCAGCGUGCGCUGGAUGUGAAUGGUGCAGAGACUGUGUUGGUGGAAAAGUCGUCGGAUUACCAGGUGCAGGAAUGUCGCGACCUGGACGGCCAGCACCUGUUCCUCCAGGAGGAAAUGCACCUUCCCCUGCACCGUCCCCUCAACCUCCAGCAUCGACUGUAUCGUCAUCGACCAAUAGGCUAUCGCAACUCCCACAAAGUGUACCUGAAGUGACAAAAGUGUCGAACGGCCAUAUACAAAGCAAUCUGGCUUCUAUUAUGAAUAUGGGGAAGAGCACAUCGUCAUUGACUGACAGACCUGCUGGACCUAUGCUUACACGGUUAGCUCCAUCCGAAGGUGGGCCAACUAGUCCUGUUGCCCUCCCAAUAUCAUCACCCAACGAUGCUGCUACUAUUGCUCUAGCAGCCAUAGCAGCUCAAAUUAAACAACGUAGUGCCAUAAUUGACGAGUCAACCAUACCGUCAAGUCCAACUACCGGCAGUAAAUUUUCAUUAGCCAAGGAGUCUAUUAAAGAAGACUCAGCAGAGAAGGCCAACACCAAACCAACUCUUCCUGCAUCUGUAACAGCCAGUUUAGCUGCAUCAGCAUCACGACCGACGUCAAGUCAUGGCAGUCUGCAUAGCCCUACAAAGGGUGGUGAAAAGAAACCCGAAUCUCCAAGUACCACCUUGCCAAGUCCAAAAGCGAUUGAGAAGAAGCCAGACAUAAUUCAAAAGAAACCAGAGACCCUGGAGAUCAAGCCAGAAAUAAAGACAACGCCUCCCACAAUACAAAAGCCAGCCGACAAACCAACCAUAGUCACCACUGAGCCUUCACCAAAAUCAAACUCUUCGCCGUCAACCGCAAGUGUAGGAGGCAGUUCAGCCUCAUCCUCGUCACCAAGCACAAAUUCUACAUCCAGUGACUCCAAGAAACCAACCAAAUACACAGACAGUGCUACACGACAAAAAAUCCCAAUAGACGUUACAAGUGCUUCAAGAACAACACGACGACAACGUCAAAAGACGGGUGAACAAGAACUAACAGAAUCAACUAGCUCUGAUUCCCUAGGCAAAUCCGCAAAUGCUGUCUCUCCCACCGCCUCAGAGUCAUCAUCAUCAGCACCUAGUCCUGAACGGGCAAAUGUGGGAGUCUUUACACGUCGAUUAGCAGAGAAGUCUGCUUUGGGUGCUGUCUUGUCUAAUCCUGUAUCAGCGGAAACGUCUGCUCCACCAAGUAGUUUUCCAUUAACGACUACGUCACCAUUGGGUGUUACUGGCUCUAAUUCUCAACUGGCUUUAUCGUUGAGAGCUGGUCCAAAGGGUGCUUCAGUCAACUCGUUAAACUCGAAUGGAUCAUUGAGUAAGAGUACGCAGAGUCUGGAGGGGAAACAAAUUGGAACAGCAACUCAACGAUUGACAAAACGUGCAUUUAAGGAAUGGUACCCAGCAUUCGUAGCAGGCAAGUCGUCAAGGCGGCAGUCCUUUGGGGAAUCCUACGAUUUCAACCAAACGAUUGGACUACAUUCGCUCUUUGGAUUACGAGACUCUGCCGAAACAGCAUUGACACGCAUAAUGUGGGCUGCCAAGUGUUAUGAGAUUGCCAAGCAUGAAGUCUCAUGGGAGGAACGAUCAGCCCAGCCUGAAACAUAUGAUUCCGAUGAUGACGACGAGGAUUUCGUAAUGCCAGAACGUUCAGUGAACGCCAUGCCAGAGGACAAAGUGUUUGGAAUCACAUACGCCAGUGAUGUUUUGAAUGACAAUAAGGUGGCAGCUGGAUCGAAAACUCAACUUAUUGAUGCGCUCAUAUUUCCACUUCAGCAAGAUAACCAGUACGCUGAAGCUUUCCUAUCAACAUACCGCUUCUUCUCAUCCGCCCAAACCAUCCUCACAUCGCUCCUUGGAUGGUACAAUGUCAUCACACCAAAUCACUCACUAGCUGCCAAUAGUACCUUCAAAAAGGCUCGUAAAGCUAUUCAGCAACGUGUCAUCAAGGUGCUGAUUAUAUGGGUGCGAAGACACUGGCAUGAUUUCGAGACUUUCCCUCAAGUUGCUCGACAAUUGAUGAAAUUUGUUGAUCAUUUGAAUGCCGUGAGUUUCAGUGAUGGUCAAAAGCUGGGUGUUACUAUACGGGAUCAGAGAUUGAAUUGGUACACGAUGCAAUACAUUCCACCUUAUUGCAACAACUACCCCGACCCGAAAUCAUUCGACGUAUCAAAACCAUGGGUGAUAUCGAUGGAGAAGGACCUAUUCGCGCAGAAUCUGACCUUGAUAGAACAUUUCAUUUUGCAACAUGUUCAUCCCGACACGUAUAUGUCUGUGCUGAAGGACGGUGUGCCUCGUCGUGGUGCAGGAUGGAGCUCAGCACUGAAACCAUUGUUGGCUGUGGUGUCGUGGUUUAGACUAUUGUCCAAGUACACUACGACUGCGGUAUUGAUGGCAGAAAAGCCAAAGGAGAAGGCUAAAGCCAUUGAAAAGCUGAUUAAAGUCGCCAAGGAAUGUCGACAACUAAACAACUUCAACUCUGUGUUUGCCAUAAUACAAGGAUUGAAGAGAGCUGCCGUGAUAAGACAGCAGCAAGGGUGGGAAGCUGUUGCUACAAAGCAUUUAGACACCUUCCGUCAAUUGGAUGCCUUGACUGAUCCUUCGAACCGAUUUGGCAAUUAUUGGGCAGAGUUCAAAAGCAAAGAUGUGCCGGCCAUUCCAUUCUUUGCCGCUUACAUGCACGACUUGCAAGAACUCCACGAUGAACCAACACCACUAAAUAAGAUGUCCGUCAUCGCCGAGUCAAUUGACUUUACCCGCUUCCAAGAGAUAUACAGUGUCAUUGCCGAAGUGGAGGGUGCCAGAUGCUGUCUCUACAGAGAGAAAAUCCAUAUGGAGAACGACUAUACUGGCUCCUUGUUAAACCACAUGAGGGACAUCACGUUUAGUGAUGAAGAUAUCGUCAGCCGUAUACCACUUACUCCAGUGUCUCCAGAAAACAGCCCUGGUCGUGGAUCUAUAGUAAACAAGAAGGGAAGAGCAGCAACACCUUCUCUGCAACCGUCGCCUUCUGGUAAUAGUCAGGAUACCACCAACAAGACUGAGUGGGGUGGAAUAUCUGCUCAGUAA